UGGCCUGCCCACCCUGCCGCCUGCUCGCUGCCCAGAACACCUUCCACCAUGGCCACCUCAGCGAGCUCCCACUUGAACAAAGGCAUCAAGCAGGUGUACAUGUCCCUGCCUCAGGGUGAGAAAGUCCAAGCUAUGUAUAUCUGGAUUGACGGUACUUGAGAAGGACUGAGCUGCAGGACCUGGACCCUGGACUGUGAGCCCAAGUGUAUAGAAGAGUUGCCGGAGUGGAAUUUUGAUGGCUCUAGUACUUUUCAAUCCGAAGGCUCCAACAGUGACAUGUAUCUUGUCCCUGCUGCCAUGUUUUGGGACCCUUUCCGCAAGGACCCCAACAAGCUGGUGUUCUGUGAAGUCUUCAAGUACAACCAAAAGCCUGCAGAGACCAAUUUAAGGCACACCUGUAAACGGAUAAUGGACAUGGUGAGCAACCAGCGCCCCUGGUUUGGAAUGGAGCAGGAAUAUACUCUCAUGGGCACAGAUGGGCAUCCCUUUGGUUGGCCUUCCAAUGGCUUCCCUGGGCCCCAAGGUCCCUACUACUGUGGUGUGGGAGCAGACAAAGCCUAUGGCAGGGGUAUCGUGGAGGCUCACCACCGGGCCUGCUUGUAUGCCGGCAUCAAGAUUGGGGGCACGAAUGCCGAGGUCAUGCCUGCCCAGUGGGAAUUCCAGAUAGGGCCCUGUGAAGGAAUCGACAUGGGAGAUCAUCUCUGGGUGGCCUGCUUCAUCUUGCAUCGUGUGUGUGAAGACUUCAGAGUGAUUGCCACCUUUGAUCCUAAGCCCAUUCCUGGGAACUGGAAUGGUGCCGGCUGCCACACCAACUUCAGCACCAAGGCCAUGCGAGAGGAGAAUGGUCUGAAGUACAUCGAGGAGGCCAUCGAGAAACUAAGCAAGCGACACCAGUACCACAUCCGAGCCUACGAUCCCAAGGGGGGCCUGGACAACGCCCGGCACCUAACUGGAUUCCACGAAACCUCCAACAUCAACGGCUUCUCUGCCGGUGUGGCCAACCAUGGUGCUAGCAUCCGCAUUCCCCGGACUGUCGGCCAGGAGAAGAAGGGUUACUUUGAAGACCGUCGCCCCUCUGCCAACUGUGACCCCUUUGCGGUGACAGAAGCCCUCAUCCGCAUGUGUCUUCUCAACGAAACUGGCGACGAGCCCUUCCAGUACAAAAACUAAGUGGACUAGACUUGCAGCCAUCAAAACCCCUCCUAAUCCUACAUCCUGCUCCCAUUCUCGCCCCUCUCACCUGUCAUAAUAGCUGUUAACUCAAAGGGCGGGAUAUCAAGGUCUUUUUUUAUUCCUCACUCUUGCUUUCUUUGGCCAGGAUAGAGGGGUCAAGUUCUUAAUCUCUUCACACCCACCUACGCCGCCCCCCCAUUUUUU